GUUGAAACAAUGCCAAAAAUGCAUCCAUUACACACACAUUUCGCGGGGAAAAACAUUUUUCUCUUCUGUCUCGACUCCUAAAGUUAUUAUUCGCCAAUGCUCUGAUGCCGAUAUGUUUUUAAUGUUAUCAUGAAUUCAGCCCACGUUAUGAACUGUUUUAGGAAAAUGGGGUGUGAUAUUUCGAAAUGUGUUAGGAAACAACACGACGGCGUUUAUAAAACAUGGGCUGUUUUGGGAGCAAGGACAAAUUGUCCAAGGAGGAUAUGGACUUUCUUAAAAGUCAUACGAGAUAUGAUGAAACCACCAUAAAAGAAUGGUAUAAGGGCUUUAAGCAAGAUUGUCCAAAUGGCCGUUUAACUCCCGGUAAAUUUGUUGAUAUGUAUAAAAUGUUUUUCCCAAGUGGUAAUGCAGAAGAAUUUUGUGAUCAUGUAUUUCGUACAUUUGAUAUGGAUAAAAAUGGUUAUAUUGAUUUUAAGGAAUUCUUACUGGCCAUUGAUGUAACAUCAAGUGGUACACCCGAAGAGAAAUUAAAAUGGGCAUUCCGUAUGUACGAUGUAGAUGGUAAUGGCGUUAUAGAUAUUCAAGAAAUGACAAAAAUUGUGCAGGCAAUUUAUGAUAUGUUGGGCGCAUGCUCAUCAAAUCGACCAGCCGAUUCAGCUGAGGAGCGUGCAAAAAAUAUAUUUGCAAAAAUGGAUGAAAAUAAUGAUGGCCAAUUAACACAAGAUGAAUUCUUAAAAGGUUGUUUACAGGAUGAAGAAUUAUCAAAAAUGUUGGCACCUUAAUUACAAUAAGCAUUAAAUAAUUAAUUAAAAUAUUUUACUAACGUCCUAAAUGCAAAAAACAAAAAUAUAUGAAUAAAUUUUGAGUAAAAAUCACUGAAAACAAAACUACUCACGAGAGAAUACUCAAAUUUUAUUAAAUUUCAAAAUUGAAAUA